ACCGUUGUUAGCAACAAAACUCCACUCAAUAAAUCCAACGUCUUAAACCCACUUCCCAAGUGGAACACUUCCCCCAAAGCCAUUAUUUUCAAAUUCAAACUCCCCUUCUUAUUCUUUACCAUCUAUGGCAUCAAACACCUCAUUCUUUCCCUUCUGAAUCCAUUCUUACCCUCUCAAAUGUCGAAUUCAAACAAGGAUCCAAUUCCACGACAACCUUCCUACAGUUCCCUCUAUCAUAAUCCCCUUACAGAGCUCAAAAGUGAAGCCAACAAUAGCGUUUUGACCCUUCACAAUGGUCAAAACAAAGAGAAUUCUGAACCAAAUAAAGUAAAGACGAACUCGGAUCCUGUUGUAGAUAAGGAGAAUGUGGAUUCCAACAUAACAAUUGGAUGUAAGCCUACACCAAUCGCAAAAUCCCGCUUGAAAGAUAGGGCAUGGAAACCGUCUUCGUUGCAGCUGUGUAUGCAGUUGAACGACCCGAUUCCAAACUUCGGUUCAAGUUUCUAUGAACCGAUUGACUCCGGAAAAAACAAUUCCGGUAACAUUUGGGAUUAUUCCGAUUCCGAAGCUGCUCCAGCUUCCUCAUGGUCUACACUUCCCAACAGAUCGUUGUUGUGUAGGCCAUUGCCGGUGGAUAUCGGAAGGUGUACUUGUAUUAUCGUGAAGGAAAAAUCUGUUGACGGGAUUAAUGGCGGAAGUGUAUACACUCUGUACACUAAUGAAGGCCAAGGAAGACAAAAUCGGAAACUUGCUGUAGCUCAUCAUAGACGUCACAACGGAAGAUCUGAGUUCAUAAUUGCUCAGAAUACAAAAGGGAUAUUAUGUUGCGCAGAUGAUAGUUAUGUCGGAAGUGUAACUGCAAAUCUCAUGGGUUCCAAAUACCAUAUCUGGGAUCAGGGUCGACGUCUUAAUUCCAUGACUAAACACUCUAAACUUCUAGCAGCAGUAUCAUUUGUGCCUACGAUAGCAACAUGGACAGGAAGCUACAGGAGUAUGAAAGCGUGGCUUCCUAAACAUCAGUCUAUGCAACUGAAGAAUACAACUCAGGCUCAGCAUAUAAAUGGAUUACCUACUGGUUGGGAAGAGAGAAUGGAUAGAGUACAUCAGCUGUUUUCAAAAGUUCCAUGCUACAACAAUAUCACAAAGCAAUAUGAGUUGGAUUUCAGAAAUAGGGGAAAAUCAGGACUUAAAAUCGAGAGUUCAGUCAAGAAUUUCCAGUUGACUUUGGAGAAAAAUGGAAAACAAACAAUUUUACAACUUGGGAGGGUUGGAAAGUCGAAGUAUAUGAUGGACUACAGAUAUCCAUUGACCGGUUAUCAAGCCUUCAGCAUAUGUUUGGCUUCUAUUGAUUCAAAGCUUUGUUGCACGAUGUGAUGAUGAUAUUAUGAUCAUUUCUUAUGAAUUAUGAUGUCACUCAUAUUUAAAUAUUUUCCUAAGGCAAUUAACUAAUUUGUUUAUUGCAUUUUCAAUAAUAAUAAUAAUAUGUAUAUUAUUAUUAUUAUUAGACGUGGGACAAGGAAAUUUUAAUUACUUGGUUUGGAAGUAGAUUGUUUGAAAAAGAGUCAAUGAAAUUAGCCCAUACUUCCAGUCCAGUUGGCAUUUAUGUAUGCAGCUGAAGUGAAUAAGUCAAGUGUCUACUUGCUAGCUACCAGCCGACUACCAAAUGUAGGCAUUAUACAAGACAUUAAGUUCUGGUACAGCUUUUCAAUCAGUUUGGCAGGGUUGAUUAUCCAUUGAAAAUAUGUGGUCUCCACAAAAAAAAAAAUUAAUUUAAUUAAAUAAAACGGCUCAUUUUGUCAUUUUUCACUUAAAUUUAAAGUAGGCUCUAAAUUUGUUGAGUCGAAAUUAAUGUUUAAACAAAGAAAUCAAAUAGUUACAAGAUGAUUAGGGGUUUGGCAACACUAGUAUUCUAGUAAGAUUAAAAUCGC